AUGAUGCCCGCUCCAGGAGAAGUUGGCGAGGAUGGAGAGGUGCGUCUGGCUGCGGGGCCCAACCCCUGCUCUGGCAGAGUGGAGUUGUUCUACCAGAGCCGGUGGGGGACGGUGUGUGAUGACCUCUGGGAUCUGCAAGAUGCCCAGGUGGUGUGUAGACAGCUGGGCUGUGGCCCUGCCCUGUCAGCCCCCAGCAGUGCCAGCUUUGGCCAGGGCAGCGGGCCCAUCUGGCUGGACGAUGUCAGGUGCUCAGGGUCAGAGGCCACCCUGGCAGCGUGCCCCCACCUGCCCUUCGGCUCCCACAACUGUAAUCAUGGUAAAGAUGCCGGAGUAGUCUGUGACGGUAAGCUGGGUUUCCAAUUUCAAAGCUAUUGCUCCCACUACAACUACAACCACCACCCCUCCUACCACAACCACCACCUCCAGACCCACCACAACCACCACCCCUCCUACCAGAAACACCCUCUCCAUACUCAUCACAAACACCGCCCCUCCUACCACAACAACCACCUCCAGAUCCACCACCCCUACUACCACAACCACCACCUCCAGACCCACUACAACCACCACCCCUACUACCACAACCACCACCUCCAGACCCACUACAACCACCACCCCUACUACCACAACCACCACCUCCAGACCCACUACAACCACCACCCCUACUACCACAACCACCACCUCCAGACCCACUACAACCACCACCCCUACUACCACAACCACCACCUCCAGACCCACUACAACCACCACCCCUACUACCACAACCACCACCUCCAGACCCACUACAACCACCACCCCUACUACCACAACCACCACCUCCAGACCCACUACAACCACCACCCCUACUACCACAACCACCACCUCCAGACCCACUACAACCACCACCCCUACUACCACAACCACCACCUCCAGACCCACUACAACCACCACCCCUACUACCACAACCACCACCUCCAGACCCACUACAACCACCACCCCUACUACCACAACCACCACCUCCAGACCCACUACAACCACCACCCCUACUACCACAACCACCACCUCCAGACCCACUACAACCACCACCCCUACUACCACAACCACCACCUCCAGACCCACUACAACCACCACCCCUACUACCACAACCACCACCUCCAGACCCACUACAACCACCACCCCUACUACCACAACCACCACCUCCAGACCCACUACAACCACCACCCCUACUACCACAACCACCACCUCCAGACCCACUACAACCACCACCCCUACUACCACAACCACCACCUCCAGACCCACUACAACCACCACCCCUACUACCACAACCACCACCUCCAGACCCACUACAACCACCACCCCUCCUACCACAACAACCACCUCCAGAUCCACCACAUCCACCACCCCUCUUCCUUCAACAACCACCACCCCCAGACUUACCACCCCUCCUACCACAACUACCACCCCUCUUCCUACAACAACCACCCGAUCCCGGCCAAAUCCGGGCCUGUGAGGUCCCUACGGCUCGUAGUCUGGUCCAGUGGAGAGGUGACCUAAACCCCUCAGCACGUCGUCCAUCCCUUUCCCCCGAACAUUAAAUAAAUGCCCCUCUGGACUAACCAGCCUCACUCAACGAGGCUGGUUAGCCCAGCUGGUUAGCCCAGCUGGUUAGCCCAGCUGGUUAGCUCAGCUGGUUAGCCCAGAGGGUCAACCUCUGUGUUCCACUAGCCAUAGUCGUUACUGUUACUAUCCUAAAACAAUACACUAAUACGUCCCUUUUGUAAGCCAUCUAGACUUCAUAAUUGUAAAAUGAAGUGAAGUAGAACUUUAUAUAAUGCAUAACUAUUCAUCAAUCCAUGUUCAGCUUUAGUAAACAUGGUGUUAAAAACAAUGCUUGCUGUCUAGUUUUAUCUAAUGAAUGAUUAAUAUUCCCCCAAAAAAUUGUUGGUAUAUAGACAAGAGUGAAAUUAUGUAUUUUUAUACCACACUCAAAAAUUAUAUAAACCAUAUCAGCUUUGCUACUAUGACCUGGUUUGUUUUUAUGAUAUGAUAUCUGAUCACUGAACUAGUUUGGCCAUCAUAUAUUUUAAUUCAGGUACAACUUAAAGGACGUCUAAAGAACUCUAAAGAUUAAUAAUAAUAAAAAUCUUCACACUUUU